GUCCCGCGUCACGGCAAGGGGGCCACUAUUUAAGAACGGUCAACACACGGCAGACGGCACAAUCUCUUGUUUUCCAUUAGUCCUGGUGACACGCCGAAGUUUGGCGGAGGUUUGCGUCUGGCUCUAGGCCGAAAGAGUAGUUAUCUACGUCUAUUUCGACUUCGGAAAAUAGACCAUAAUCGACGAGUCCACAGACAUUUUCUGACGACCACUGUUUCCAAGUGUGAGUACCGCCAUCAGAGAUGAACGUCUUCAGAAUAACCAGGCUUACGCCGCCGAGGCCGAACUUCACGACGACAGUGGCGUGCCUGCUGCGCCAUGUGUACGCCUUCGUCACUCUGCUCCUGCUGGUCUCCGAGGCCGAUCGCGUCCCCGGCGGGAGAGGCAGCGGGGUUGGCCACGCCGUUCUCGGGGCCGAGAGGGUGAACAUUCCCGCCAUAGUCACGGAGAGGGACGCGGCGAGUUUCCUGGAGAGGCUGGGAUACUUCCAGCCCGUAGACUGGGAGUCCACGCUUGAUCGGUCGAGGCAGACGAUAUUUGAACCCGAGGACGUUGCUCCAGACAUAUUCUCAGACUUCGACCCUUCGGUCAUGGUGGAGGAGGUGGAGGGCAUGGGGAGAGACGGCGAGCCGACGAUUGGCGUGGACGACGAGGAGUUCAAGGAGGCCAUCAGAAAGUUUCAGCAGGCAAACAACCUAACCAUUACCGGUCUCCUCGACGACGCGACCAGGAAUAAAAUGAACGAACCAAGAUGUGGCAAUCCUGAUCACACGCUGGCCAAAAACGGCACGAAAACGGUGCCGCCAGAUGCAUCGAACAUGACGAGCAACUCUUCUGACGAUGCACACGCGAAGUCUAACGCGACUGUCGUGGUACAAAAACGAGCCGCAGAAGAUACUUCCCAAGGGAAUAGCAGAAAGCGUCAAAGUGUCCUGAAAACGUGGAUGGAAAGGCAGGAGGAGAGGAGAAAAAAGCGCGGCAUUUUCGUGAAUAACUACGUGACUUGGAGGCUGCUGGGAGAAGGCUACAGCUCACAGCUGGACGCGGACCUCCAGCUCGCCGUGAUUCAGCAAGCCUUUCGGAUGUGGAGCGAGGUCAUCCCGCCGCUCUUCAGACCGGACCACGUGUCGCACAUCGAAGAGGUGGACGUCAACCUUGCAUUUGGCAGGGACGUCCAUCACUCAGCCUGGGGUGGAUCUACGGCCGUGAGACACUUGGGUUGUCCUAACGAGUUCCAAGAACAAGAGUAUGCACACGCGUUUGACGAGGCUGCGGAGGUUCACAUCAACGACCAGAUCCAGCCCUACACCGUCAACCGGCCGGACGGAAUCAGCCUGCUCAAGGUAGCAGUGCAUGAGAUCGGGCACAUCCUGGGGCUCGGCCAUCACGAGUGGGCCAACUCCGUCAUGCAGCCCAACUACGCUCCACAGCCGUACAACUUCGAGAUCGGGGCGGAGGACAGGCGGGCGGUCCAGGAGCUCGGUUAUGGAAAAUGCGAGGAGAGGUUCGACACCGUGUUCGACUGGGUCCGACCGAAUCGAGACGAGAACGGCUACAUGACGGGAGUCAUCUACAACACCUUCUUCUUUGCCGACGGUCGCUACUGGAUGUACGAAAACUCCAAGGGACGAACACGUUACGGGGACCCCCUCCUGAUCCGCGGGGGGUGGCAGGGCAUCGCGUCACGGCAUAUCGACGGGAUCCUCCACGUCUGGUCAAGGACCUGGGACGUCCUCUUCUUCUUCGCAGGUGAUUCCUAUUGGGAGUACGACAGCGAGCGGGAACAGAUCUACACACACGACGCCAACGGAAACCCCUUCCCCAACCUCAUCAGCUACGGAUUUCCCGGCAUCCCCGACAACAUCGACACCGUCUACUACAACAGAAGUGCCGGCUACACCUACUUUUUUAAGGAUCAUCUGGUAUACCAAUACGAAGUUGAGCGGCAGAGAGUGAGCCCGGGCUUCCCCAAGGAAAUCGCUGAGGUGUUCCCAGGCGUGCCCAACAACCUGGACGCCGCCUACUACUCCUACACCCACCAGACCACGUUUUUCUUGAAGGGGUUCGACUACUGGAGUAUAAGCAUCUCGACCGGAGCGAUAGAUGGGCCGUUUACGGUCAACGAACUGUGGCAGGACAUCUGCAAGGUGUGGAUGUGGGAGCUGGACGGGUCGUAGAGAACACUUUUCUUGCCUCUGCACAUCACGCGGAAAAAAACUUCACAGAAGCUUUCUUGACCCUCUUGUCGCUUCAACCGUUUAGCGGAUCUAUGCAGCCCCCCUCCCCACGAGUGGCCCCUGUUACGGCAUAGGGCGAUUUUGUGCAAUACGAGUUCCAUGAAAGACCAUGUAGGCUUGUCUCCGUUCUGGGGAAGUAGAUGUCUAAGAGACAUGUAGUUGGACUUGUAGGUUAUGUCUUCACAUAAGAUGUACUAUUUGUGUCAACUGAACAGAGGAAAUUGUUAACGAUAGCCGUCUCUACCGAGGCCUUUAGCUAUAUGAUGUAUGUUGUCAAUUCUUGGGCGCCUUUGGAUAAUACGUAAAACGUUACUUCAACCUCGGCUACUGUUUUCUAUCUAAAACAUUUUAUAAUUAUUUCGAAGAGCAUUGAGAGCAAAUUUCUGCUCGGAGACAACCCUGCUGCAAGUGUUCCAAGUGAAGGAAAAGUCGUCAACAGAUUGAUUCGCGGAGGCGCCUUUGCUAUCUCAGGAACUCCUGUCUAAUCAUGUUUUUGUCAUUUAUACUAAAAACAUUAUUUCAAUGAUGAAAUUUUGUAUAUUUAAGAUAUUUGCCCCAUUGUAAAGUCACGUGUUGUGAGAAAGUUAGUAUUUAUGCCCAUAGUUGUUGGUGAAGAAUGUGCCUUAUGAAUGUGUGGAUGAGCCGUACCGUAAACAGUUUCAAAUCGUUUACGUAAGAACCCGCCAAGUGAGCGUUGGUAGUGUACCGGUUCAAAGAUGCCCUGUGCAAUAGUGCCUGCGGAAAGACAAUCACACAGAAAAUCAUUCUCCAAGUUCUGAUUCUGUAGCAGAAGUCUGCAGGGCGGUGUAGGGGGCGCGGUCAAACAAGGAGCCCGCCCAUAUGACAACAACGACGUUUCAAGUUUAGUUCAAACUUUUCGACGUUAGCUUUUUUCCUCGCUGGUGAUAUAUGUUAUUUCUUAAGUUUUGUUAUGCCGCAGCUUAAAUUAUUCUUUAAAGUUAUAUUCAGUCAGCUUUUAUCUACAAAACGACAACCGACUGGCUACAUGUUGCACAUGUACAUGUUGGGCAAGGAUAUCAGUAGUAUGUCUUUUCUUAAACACCAUGUUCAGAGAGUAUAUAAUACCUGCAGUUUGUCGUCUGUAUGAAGUGUCAUGCAGUUCCAUGUACCACACGUUCUAACCAGAAUAAAACAGUUCAACGUGACACAA